CUCCCUGGCUGGCUCCUCUCUCUCCCUCUCAGUCGGCCGCUGCUGCCUGCCUGUCGCCGGGGCUGGGAGAGCCUGAGAGAGCGUGUGUGUGUUAUGUGAGUGACGCGGCGGAGGUGUAGUUUGACGCGGUGUGUUACGUGGGGGAGAGAAUAAAACUGCGGCGAGAGCCUAGGCGCGAACGAAAGCAGUGACGGAGCAGCCUGUAGCCGAUAACUAAAUGACCAUGGAAUCUGGUGCAGAGAACCAACAGAGUGGAGAUGCAACUGUUACAGAGGCAGAAAAUCAACAGAUGACUGUACAGACACAACCACAAAUUGCAACAUUGGCCCAGGUAUCCAUGCCUGCAGCUCAUGCAACAUCAUCUGCUCCCACUGUGACCUUAGUGCAGUUGCCUAAUGGACAGACAGUUCAAGUCCAUGGUGUUAUUCAAGCUGCUCAGCCAUCGGUUAUUCAGUCUCCGCAAGUCCAGACAGUUCAGAUCUCCACUAUUGCAGAAAGUGAAGAUUCACAGGAAUCUGUGGACAGUGUCACUGACUCCCAGAAGCGAAGGGAAAUUCUUUCUAGGCGACCUUCUUACAGGAAAAUAUUGAAUGAUUUGUCCUCAGAUGCCCCAGGAGUGCCAAGAAUUGAGGAAGAAAAAUCUGAAGAAGAAGCAACAGCACCUGCUAUUACUACUGUCACCGUGCCAACUCCAAUUUAUCAAACAAGCAGUGGGCAAUACAGGACUGGUGUUGCUGAUAUCCAUCAUCAAUAUGGCAAUGCUGUGCAUGCAGUUGCUAUCACCCAGGGAGGUGCCAUCCAGUUAGCAAACAAUGGCACGGAUGGUGUCCAGGGCCUGCAGACUCUAACUAUGACCAAUGCAGCUGCAACCCAGCCGGGUACCACCAUUUUACAGUAUGCACAGACUACUGAUGGACAACAAAUUCUGGUACCCAGCAACCAAGUAGUAGUACAAGCUGCUUCGGGAGAUGUUCAGACCUACCAAAUUCGCACAGCACCCACAAGCACCAUUGCACCUGGUGUCGUCAUGGCAUCUUCCCCAGCUCUUCCCACUCAACCAGCAGAAGAAGCAGCACGAAAAAGAGAAGUCCGUCUAAUGAAGAACAGGGAAGCAGCACGUGAAUGCCGCAGGAAGAAAAAAGAAUAUGUCAAAUGUCUAGAAAACAGAGUAGCUGUCCUUGAAAACCAAAACAAGACAUUAAUUGAAGAAUUAAAAGCACUUAAGGACCUGUAUUGCCACAAAUCAGAUUAAUUUUAAUUCCCCGGUUUUUGUUUGUUAAUGGGGGAAAAGACUGGUUUGGUGAUAGUCAAACAGACAAAAUGAACUUUUUAUUUUCUAAGAAUUUUUUUUCUUUUUUUUUUUUUUUCUACAUACACAACUAUCUGAAAGCAACUAAGGAAUUUGAUUCAUCUGUGCUUGGCAUUAAACUGUGAAUGUUGCACAUCUGCCUUCACUUCUUCCCCUCCUGAAAUUGAUUUCAUCACAAUACACCCUGAUUCUGAAGAAAAAAAAGCAAACUUCCUCUUCAAAAAAUAAUAAUCUUCAUUUGUGAAGUUACAAGAGUUGGAGGUUUCUUACAAUAAUUUCAAGAGUCAGCAUAAUCUCAUCUGAAUGCCUUAGUGAGAGUCACCCUGGACUUUUGCCCUGAAAUACUCAAUGGGCCAUAUAUAUAAUCAAGGUAUGAUGCUCUGAAGUGGCUGUGGUUGCCAAGUUAUUGCAUAAUUUCAAAUAUACGUUAGCAAUUGUACAGUUAACAUCUAUUUGGUGGGAUAAUGCCAAAGGAGAUGCAUUUCAGGUAUACUCACCAUAGAGGAAUCGGAGGAAGCUGAAGAAAUUGAGGAGGAGACAAGUUGGACAAUUAUGAACCUAAUCCAAUUUUUGUACAACAACAAAAAAAAUCACUUAUUUUCUAUAAUGUUUUAAUAAGCUUUAUGUAGUCAGACUUCCAAAUUCAAAUGAUAACUAUCACUUUAUACUUGAUUGGGAUGUGGACUGGUAGGAAGCAGUAGUGUAGUAUAUGUUUAAGAUGGAAACAUCAUAGUACAUUCACUACUCUUUCCUUUUUCCAUAUACAAAAGCAAGAUUAUCCAAGGUAACAAUUAGAAGCAUAGUUAGCAUAAUACACACUUUGGGGAAAGAAAACUUAUAGCUGUCCUAAUUGUAUCAUGCAAGUAAUAAUUUUAAAACUUUGCCUGGAAACAUUUUUGACUCUUCUGUUUUGCUUAAAACUUCCUUUGAUAUAUUUUUAAAAAGAAGUAAAUUCGUUCUCUGUUACAUCAUCUGCAUGUAUAAUGUGGAUAUGAUUAAAAAAUUUAUUUUUUUUUUGCUAAAAUCCUACCUAUUGUAUAUUCAGAUGCUGUUUACACUUGUCCAGUGGACACAUUUAAUGCAGUCUACAAUUCAUUUAAACUGACUAAUAUGAAUAGGCUGCCAUGUAAUUUAAGGUUUUAAUUAUAUAUAUAAAAUUGCCAUAUGCAAAGAUUUUAAUCAGAUUUUGCAGGAACAAAUAAAAGAAUCCAGCAGCCAUGAACAUAGCAAAACUUUUGAAACCAUUAGAAUUUAUGUGGUGAAAAAAAAACAUAUCCUGGAGUUGAAUGGAGCUGAGGAUCUAUUAGGGCCAGAAUGGGAUUGCAUGGAGACAAUUGUCUAAGCCUAGUCAUUAUUUCAGUGUAUGUAUAUUUAUUUUAUUUUAAUAGCUUGUGUGCACACAUGUGCGCGCGCACACACACACUACUAAAAUACACAGUAGCUGUUCUGAAAGAUAAAAUACCAGGGUAUAUUAGGGAGAAUUUGUCAGGUGCAUUUCACAGUGUGACAAUAGGGAUUAAAUCAUUUUUAAAAACAUAUUUCCGUGAAAAUUAAAUAUUUUUUAUAUAGGAAUAGAUAAACUUUUUUUCUUUGUUUAUAGAGUACGUCAAAAUUCUAGAUUUGAAAAAGAGUAUUUUUUUCACUCUCCUUUUAGUUUGCUAGACAAACUUGUUUAUUCUCCUACUGGCAUAGAAAAUAGAUAACCUGAACAUCUGUGUAACUUAUUUAUAUAUGGAUUGUGAUCUUUCAUAAAUUUGAUGAAACAGAAUGAAAGCAUAUAAAUUAAUAAUUAAGUGCUGCUAUUCUGAAAUUUUCAUUCUCUGUAUCUUUAAAAAACAAGGACUUUAGCAAUGAUUUGGGAAUAUAUGCUAUAGAGAGCUGAAAUCCACAAUCUGUAGCUGCAUUGUGAAAUUUGUCUUCUUUUCCCUGAAUAAUAUAGUAGAAUCAUGAACUCGUUGAUUUUGCAGAAGUCAGUUUUGUAACACUGCUGUCAUGGUAUGUGGUAUCUUUUUGUUUGGAUAAUUUUUGAAAAAGUAUCUCAUAAAGCUGGCUGGGAUCACAUAAAUGGGUUAACCUGUAUAAAAAUUAUGCAAUAAUGUAAGAUUUGUUUUGAAGACUUAAGUACUGGAAAAGCAACCACCAUAACUCUCUCCAUUAUUUUGGCAUCAUUUGUAAUUAUUGGGUAUGAUUGUAUUUUAGCAGAUAAGCCACCAGCUGAGUGGGCUAUUGGGGGUGGGGCUAGUGCUUUUAAGUGCUCUCUGAAAGGCUAAAUCUCGAUCACUUGUAGUAUCACAGGAUCUAUUGUACUGGUUCUAUAGUAAACGUAAAAUUUACAUUCUGAGAUUUUUCACCAGCAAUAACGCAACAUUUCAGCCCACUUUAUUUAUCCUGUACUGAGUUAUUUAGUUAUUUAUCUGGCAUUCCAUAUAUACUUUGAAUUAUGUUUUAAUUAUCCCAAGUAUAGAGCAGGUUGGUGCCAAUGUGUUUUGCAAGAUACAGUCAAAAUGAAUGGGAUAGUACUGAAAAACCAACCCUCAAUUUGUAUAUUACUAAUUUAUUGAGUUAAUAAACUUAUUGAAUAGUUAGUCUCUAUUAUACACUUGGCCCCUUUGCUGCACAACAGAAAUUUUGUUGAAUUUAUUGACAGAUUUAACUAAAACAACUGGCAUGGAAAGGGCUAGUUCCAUUAUAGUCAUCAUACAUAGAAUUGAUUUGAAGUAGUUUCUAUAUUUUACAAAAGAAAAAAAACAUUCAGGCAGUACAAAUAUUGUCUGAGGUGUUCUUCUAAAAGAUAUUCUUGGAAAGGUUUAUGUAUAAAGUAUGUACAUAUAUAAAAUAUAUAUACACAGUAUAUAAUCUAUAGCUCUGAGAGCUUUUAAGUCAGGAAUGCUGAAUAUUAUAGUAUAUUGAGGUCAGAAAAAAAUAGUAUGUAUGUGUGCAGAUACAUGCUUAUUGUUUCUUCUCUCUUCCACCCUCACCCCCCAAAUUUUGAACUAUAUUAUUCUGGCGCUUAUUGAUAUGUUUUGUUAUUUUCUUAUCCAUUUUCAGUUACUUUAUUUCACUGCAGUUUAUAUUUGUUAUGAAGGUGAAUUAUGAAGUGAUAGCAACUCCUUAAAGUUCCUUUUGUUCCCAAGUUAUUCAUUUUGUGCUUUGUCUGUUGGGCAGCUAUUCAUUUAAGGCAAAAACAAUUGGAAAACAUUUGAGUUAUAUGGAGGGAACAAAAGAGAAAAGAGGGGUUGCUCAAUAUUUUAUUUGCAUAAUUUUACCCUAUACUUGACUAAUGGAAAGCAUUGUAACUAGAAUUUGAAAGCAUACUUAAGCUCAGAUAAGUUUGGUAAUUGCACAGUAUGUCUGUUGUGGAAUCUACCAUGUUCUGCAGAAUUAAGCAAUUAUAAAAUUACACAAUGACAGCUAUAUAAUUUUAUAAAAGAGAAGAGCUGUCAUCAUAAUUAUAACUAGGAACUGAAAUAUGUGAUCAGCAGAUAUGUGUUUUAUUGUGGAUAUGUACCAUUUAAGAUACUUCAGGGAUGAAUGUUUGUUCCUGCACAUUUAAAAAAAAAAA